AUGCUCCGACAAGCAUCAUCAGCAUUGCGCACCGCGCGAAUACCUCUUCUCGGCCUUCCCUCUGGAUCAGCGCAUCCCCGCAUCAAUCCGCGCGCCCACCUCAAUCUACAACUCGCAUCAAGAUGGGUCUCAACGCGCAAACCACGACAGCCAUCAAACUCCAAACCACCUUCUCAACUCUCUGAAGCACUGCAUCCCCGAAGGGCCUUCGCAACGACUCCCUCUCGCCUAGCGCGCAACACCUACAACCGCUUCAAUUCGUCCCACUCCGCUCGACCCUCCAUCUUCCACACGCUGCUUUCACGAUCCAAACCACACCAUUUUGUCCUCAUUGGUCUUGGUAUCUCAGGAAUCUAUCUAUAUAAUACAGAAGUCGUUGAAAUGACCGGUCGCCGGCGAUUCAAUUGCGUCUCGCACGAAGCAGAGCUGAAGAUGGGAAUGCAGAGUUACCGGGAGGUUCUGGCGCAGUCGCAGGGCCGAAUAUUGCCUGAUAAUCAUCCGGUAGCGCAGAUGGUGAACCGGGUGUUGCAGAGAUUGAUCCCGCAGGCUCCAAUUGAAGGCGCCGACUGGAGGGUCCAUGUGAUUCUGGAUGAUGAGAAUGCGAAUGCCUUUGUGCUUCCUGGCUUUGCAAUGUGGAGCAUGAGGUUCCUCCGGUCCAAGAUUGACGUGUAUAGUGGUUUUGGUGCUGACUGUGUGGUAUUUCAACUCUAUAGCGGCAAAGUCUUCGUAUACACGGGCAUUUUACCGAUCUGCCAGGAUGAAGAUGGUCUUGCUGCGGUAUUAGGUCAUGAGAUUGCCCAUGUUGUGGCCCGACAUCCGGCGGAGCGAAUGAGCAAUAGCUUUUUGACGCUCGGGACGGUGUUUUUGAUCUCUCUUCUCUUUGAUGUUUCGGGUCAACUGUCGAGUAUGUUGGUCAAUCUGAUGUGGAGCUUGCCAAAUUCACGAACACAGGAGGCUGAGGCAGAUAAUAUUGGAUUGAUGAUGAUGGCCAAGGCAUGCUUCAACCCCGAGGGAGCUGUGAAACUAUGGCAUCGAAUGCAGCAGCAAGAGAAGUCUGCACCGCCGCAGUUCAUGUCCACUCAUCCUUCUAGCUACAAUCGUGAAGAGGCCAUUCGGGGCUGGCUCGAGAAAGCCGAGACAAUUUACGCCGAUAAUGGAUGCAUCGUUUCCACAUCGGACGCGGCCUUUGAAACAAUGUCGCUAUCACUUCCUGGGCCCUCCCAGCAGGGUCUCUUCAAAGCCGGGUACCAAAGCCACGAUGCUGCAGAUGGUGCUGUCAUUCGCAAUAUCGAGGCUUGCCAGGCCAUUUCUGGCACUGUUCAGACCUCCCUGGGCCCAUACGGCCGCAACAAGAUUGUCAUCAACCACCUGCAGAAAAUGAUUCUGACUUCUGACGCUGCGACGAUCCUCCGCGAACUCGAUGUCGUGCACCCUGCCGCUAAGUUGCUGGUCAUGGCGAGUCAGCAGCAAGAUUCCGAAAUGGGUGACGGCACCAACUUGGUCAUUGUUCUGGCGGGUGAGCUGUUGAAGAAGGCGGAGGAGCUGAUCCGCAUGGGUCUGAAGACGAGUGAUAUUGUGUCGGGCUACGAGAAGGCGCAAAACUUUGCUUUGAAGGUUCUCGAAGAUCUCGAGGUUGAUCGCCUGAAGGACAUGCGUUCCGUGCCAGAGCUUAGCAAGGCUCUCCGAACAGUCGUUGCUAGCAAGCAGUCCGGCACUGAGGAUGCCCUCGCCGCUCUGGUCGCAGAGGCUGUGCUCGCCGUUUUACCCAAGAACCCCGCAAACUUCAACGUGGAUAAUGUGCGUGUCGUCAAGAUUAUGGGUGGUAGCUUGGAACAGUCCAAGGUUGUAAAGGGUAUGGUCUUUGGCCGUGAGCCCGACGGCAUCAUCAAGAAGGCCCAGAAGGCCAAGGUCGGCGUUUUCAGCUGCCCCAUUGAUAUCUCCCAGACCGAGACCAAGGGAACAGUCCUUUUGAAGAAUGCCGAAGAGAUGGUCAACUUCACCAAGGGCGAGGAGGACCGUCUCGAGGCCGCCAUCAAGGAACUGUACGACUCCGGCCUGCGUGUGGUCGUUGCUGGUUCCAGUGUCGGUGACCUUGCCAUGCACUACCUCAACCGCUUCAACAUCCUUGUGAUCAAGAUUCUCUCCAAGUUCGAGCUCCGUCGCCUAUGCCGAGUUGUCGGUGCUACCCCCCUUGCCCGUCUGGGUGCCCCUAUGCCCGACGAGAUGGGCCAGAUCGACGUGGUCGAAACGACCGAGAUCGGUGGUGACCGUGUCACUGUUUUCAGACAAGAAGACGCCAACGCCGUGACCCGCACAUCAACAAUUGUCCUGCGGGGCGCUACCCAGAACCACUUGGAUGACAUUGAGCGUGCGAUCGACGACGGUGUCAACGCUGUCAAGGCCAUCACCAAGGACCCCCGCCUGGUGCCCGGUGCCGGUGCCACCGAGAUCCAGCUCGUGGAGCGUAUCUCCAACUUCGCCGACAAGACCCCCGGUCUUCCUCAGCACGCCAUCCGCAAAUACGCCGAGGCCUUUGAAGUGAUUCCUCGCACACUGGCCGAGUCUGCUGGUCUCGAUGCCACCGAGGUUCUCUCCCGCCUGUACACUGCGCACCACCGUGCCAACCUCGACGCCGAGGAGGGUAGCUCCGAAGAAGAGGAGCCUUACUGGACCACCGGUGUGGAUCUGGAGGUCGGUGACUCUGACGGCACUCUGGAUGCCGUGGAUGAGAACAUUUUGGACCUGAUGGCCGCCAAGAGCUGUGCCAUUCGAUUGGCCAGCGAGGCGGCUCGUACUGUUUUAAGCGUUGACCAGAUCAUCGUUGCCCGGCAAGCGGGCGGGCCAAAGCCCCCUGGUCCCAACCCUAACUGGGAUGAGGAUUGA